AUGAGGCACAGAGAAGACGAGCUGGCUGUACGCAAACACUUGAAGGUCUUCGUUGGAGGACUUCCAGACAAAGCCGACGAGCGAGAGGUUGAGCAACACUUCACCAAGUACGGACAUGUUGUUCACUGCAAUGUCUGCCCUCCGAAGGAUGGAGAAAAAAACAAGGCUCCGUAUGCCUUUGUGACUUUCAGAUUUGCAGCCGAUGCAGAUUGUGCCGUAGUUGACAGACAGGACUUUCCAGGUGUUCAGAGGCAGCUGGCCAUGGGAUUUGCCACGCCAAGAAAGAAGGACACGGAUGAGGAGAAGCAGAAGCAAGACUCGAUGCUUAGUGAGGCCGAUCCGUGCAAGGUCUUCGUGGGUGGCAUCGGCGACAGGGAUAGUGAAGAGGAGGUAGGCGAUUUUUUCUCUCAGUGGGGUCUCGUCACUCUGGUCUACAGAGACAGAGCGUCGUGGGGCUUCGUGCACUUCGCAACGAAGGAAGCUGCCCUGCGCAUUCUUGAGGAAAGCAAUGUGGUUUUCCACAGGCGCAGGUUGGACAUCAAGGCCUUGAUUUGCGUUCUCGGAGAUUGCAUUUAG